AUUCAAGCCAGUCUGCAUUGCUUGUGAUACGAGACGGUCGCGCGCUCGCCGUUCACUGUAACAAUUACAAUAAACAGUUUGAACAUUUUGUAAAAUGAUCAGAAACCCUUUGUACGUGUAUGGUCCAGAUGCAAUUAGUGUGCCAACGGAUUUGAACUUUGGACAGUUCAUUGUAAACAAGUUAUGGGAGCAAGAAGACAGGCCGGCGUUGAUUAACGGAAUUAACGAAGAUGUAUACACUUACAGACAACUCGCUCAAGACACGUUAAAUAUAUCUAUCUCGCUUACGCUCAGAGGGUUAAGAAAAGGACAAACAGUGGCGAUAUGCUCUGAAAAUAGAAAAGAGUUUUGGAGCGCUCUCUUUGGUUCGGCUUGCUCUGGAGCUACCGUGACCACUGUCAAUCCUAUGUAUACUGCAGGCGAACUGAAGCAUGUACUCGGUAUAUCGAAGCCAAAAUAUAUAUUUUGUUCACCGUUCUUCUUCAAGAAACACGCGAAGACACUAAGAGAAUUUACUUACGUUAAGGACAUAAUCCUAUUUGGAGAUGACAGGCCUGGCCAACUGAUCCUCUACAAAGAUCUGGCAUACCCAACAAAUAGUAGUCAAUCAGAUAUCAUAGUUGGCAACCGUUUGGCGAGGAACGUGAAGAUCGAAGAGUUCCAGGCAGCAGAUGUCAUCGGUCAGGUCGAUGUGCUGUUUAUUUUGUAUUCAUCAGGGACUACGGGUCUACCGAAGGGAGUUAUGCUCACUCAUCACAAUGUCCUGACCUUUUGUAAUCUGAGCAAGUUUGGAAAUGCAGACUUUAAAGCACUAAGCGUAACCCCAUGGUUCCACGCUAUGGGGCUCAUUGGUCUCAUUGCGGGAUUUUCUAUUGGGAAAACAACGGUAUUCCUACCGCGAUUUGAUGUUGAUCUUUACCUGAAGACUGUGGAGAAACAUAAGAUAGUCCGGCUAACCGUAGUACCCCCAAUACUGAUGGCCGCGUGUAAAUCGUCUACCACUUAUGAUCUCAGUUCAGUUCGUCUCAUUGCCUCCGGCGCGGCGCCAUUGCAGAACGAUGCUAUUAGCAUAGUGAAACAAAAAUUUCCCAACGUUGAAGCAGUGUUGCAGGCAUAUGGCAUGACGGAAUGCACUUUGGCUGUUAUUGUUUCAGAUUUCGAAAACUCUACCAAUACGAAACCUGGCAGCGUGGGAUUAAUAGUACCCAAUGCUAUAAUAAAGGUGGUAGAUACAGAAACUAGGAAACCCCUAGGGCCUAAUAAGCCAGGAGAGCUGUGCAUCAAAGGCCCCCUGAUCAUGAAGGGAUACGUCGGGAAGGACAGGAAGGAAGACUUUGAUGAAGAAGACUUCUUUAGGACUGGUGACAUUGGAUAUUACGAUGAGGACGGUCACUUCUUUAUUGUGGACCGCUUGAAGGAGCUCAUUAAAUAUAAAGCAUUUCAGGUGGCACCAGCGGAAAUUGAAGCUCUUUUGCUCAAACACGAGGCGGUUAGAGAUGCUGGGGUCGUGGGACGAAAAGAUAGGGACAGUGGGGAAGUGCCGAUAGCUUUCGUGGUGAAGCAGCCAGGGAAAGAAGUCACAGAGAAGGAACUUCAGGACUUUAUCGCUGAGAGGUUGUCAAACCCGAAACGUCUCCGUGGCGGAGUCAAGUUCGUGACUGAAAUCCCAAAGAAUCCUAGUGGCAAAAUACUUAGGAGGGAACUUCGAAGAAUUGCGAAUAGUAACAGCAAACUGUGAUAUUUAUAUAUUGUACAGUAGAAUUAAUAUAAUAAUAAAAUAUUUUUAUUAAAAGAGUGUUUCAAA